GUCAUCUCUUACAUUAUUAUACAGACAUUAAGAGACAUUCACGAGCACGUAACGAUAACAAGGGCAAAGCUUAAAUCCGCAGUCUGUAUAAAUCGCACACCCCGAGCUCUUGUAGCUCAUUCUAGUACCACUCAGUUUAACCGUUAACUAACUCUAUUCAAUUCUGUAUUUCGUGUUUCGUGUUACCCUUGAUAACAAAGCUUUCACUUAGAAAUCUCAUAUCAAUGGCUAAAGACAACCUAACAGCUGUACUCUAUGGAAUCGACGAUUUGCGAUUAGAGCAAACACCAAUCGCUGAGCCUAAGGACAAUGAGGUCCUUUUACAGAUGUUUUGUGUGGGAAUAUGUGGUUCUGACGUUCAUUACUUAGUUCACGGAAGAAUAGGGGACUUUAUAGUAAAAGAACCAAUGAUAAUUGGACAUGAAAGUGCAGGAACAGUAGUAAAACUUGGGAAAAACGUGAAAAAUUUAAAAAUAGGUGAUCGUGUAGCUGUGGAACCUGGUGUUCCUUGUAGAACAUGUACAUAUUGUAAAGAAGGACAUUACAAUUUAUGUGAGGAAAUCAUAUUCUGUGCUACUCCUCCUGACCACGGAAGUCUACGACGUUAUUAUACUCAUGCAGCUGACUUUUGCUACAAAUUACCAGACCAUAUAACUUUGGAAGAAGGUGCAUUAAUGGAACCUUUAUCUGUGGGAGUACAUGCUUGUAAACGAGCAAAUAUUGGAAUUGGAUCAAAAGUUUUAAUUACAGGAGCAGGACCAAUUGGAUUGGUGACUCUAUUAGCUGCUAAAGCUAUGGGAGCUAGUUAUAUUGUAGUAACUGACUUGGUAGAGAAGCGACUGAAAGUUGCUAAAGAAUUAGGUGCGAAUAAGGUUUUACAAAUUCAAAAAGAUAUGAAAGAAGAAGAUUCAAUUAAAUUAAUUCAUCAAAUGUUUGGUGGAGCACCAGAUAAAACAAUUGAAGCUUCUGGUGCGGAGGCAUCAAUGCGUAUUGCUAUUCUAGCUACUAAGUCUGGUGGUACAGCUGUUUUAGUAGGAAUGGGUGCUCCAGAGGUUAAAAUUCCACUUAUGAAUGCUCUUAUUCGAGAGAUUGAUAUUCGUGGAGUUUUUCGAUAUUGCAAUGAUUACGCUGAUUCUUUAAACCUUAUAGCUAGUGGCAAAGUUGAUGUAAAACCACUAAUCACACAUAAAUUUAAAAUUGAAGAAGCGCAUGCAGCUUUUGAAGCUGCAAAAUCACCUGCAAGUAAUGCUAUCAAAGUUAUGAUCUACUGUUAAUGAUCACAAGACUUCUAUAUUUUUUAAAAAAGAAAUUGCGUUUUGCAAUUAAAAGCAAUUAUAUAUAUUGCUAAAAAUUUGUAUAUAAAUAGAGAAAUUUCAAUGUUCAUCAUUAAUCUUA